AUGCCAAAUCGACCUUUGUCGCCAGGGAGCAGCUCAAGCGAAGAGGUCAUUCUGUUCAGAGGACGAAAGGAUUUGGGCAGAAAUAGUUUGAAUGCAAAUGAAUUGCUUCGAGGGAAAGAAGACCGUCGAACCAGCAAAUUCUCGCAACAGUCUUCAAGCAUGAAAGAUGUUGACCUCUCCAUAGACUUGCCAUCUUCCAGAUAUCGUAAGUACCGAAGGAGUAAAGGCCAAAAAUGGAAUCAAGCGGCCGAUGAAGAUAUAGUGGACGACUAUAUCAACAAUUUGCGAGACAAUGGCGAACUAGACUGUCUCCUCGGGAAAACAGAGGGCAAUCAACGAGAUCUUGGCGGGCGCGAUACUGAAGUUGUGUUCAGUUCUUCUGAUUAUGAUGCUGAGCACAUCACAACUCAAGAUGUCAACAAGACAGCAAGGAACCAGGUCUUGCCCCAUGGAAGACAUUAUUUCAAAUCCACUGAGCUCUCAUUACAACACACAGAAGAUACAGGGGACGAAGAUGCUCUUGUCAAACUCAUCGCUGCACAGGACUUGGAUUCCAGUUCCGACAUUGCCCCUGACACACAGACAUCAGAGCCUAACUUUCCUGAGCCUCGAUCUCCAAGCAGACAUGGGUAUUACAAGCAAGAAGAGCUUGAUUAUCGGAGUGCAGGCAAUAUUCAGUCAAAGAAUGGAAAAAGAUAUGGUCAAAUGCCACUUUACAAUGAUGAUUCCGACCUAGAAAGACAGUUACAGGUGGCUUGGAAGAAUGAUCGAAUGAGAAAAACAGAGCGCAAAAGACGACGAGAAGAACUUCGCUCAUUGGGGAUGCUUCGGAUAAACGCAAAACCAGACGACCUCAGAACAAAGUACCCGUCGGGAAUGAGUAUAGAGCAAAUUGGGAAAGAAUUUGAGGAAUUUCUGCGCAGUAGGGAUGAAGUGUAUGGUUCUCUUGCUAGGAUUUCGCAAUACAGUGAUGGGGUCAACACUAAUCCUCUAUUUACUUCCAGGCUAUCAUUUCCACCAAUGGACCUACACGCGCGAAAGGUGAUUCACGAGCUUGCUAAUAGGUUCAACAUAAAAUCCAAAUCUACUGGUAAAGCUGUCCAGCGCCGUCCAACAUUAUAUCGUACAAUCAGAACGCAACCGUAUGCCGAAGCACCAUUCCAAAAAGCCUUGGGCCAAGUCCAACGACGCUUUAUGCCCCGACUGGACAUAAAGGGUAAGAGAAAACCGACACCAUCUGCAACUCAUUGCCAAACUCGUGCGGCGGCGAGCUACCAUGAAGGAGAAGUGGUUGGUGCGUCAGCGCCGGAACUUGGUGCGGACAACCGUGGAAGAGCCAUGCUAGAGAAAAUGGGCUGGUGUCGAGGAACCGCCCUCGGCGCCACAGACAACAAAGGGAUAUUGCAGCCAGUGACACAAACCAUGAGGCGGUCGAAAGCUGGGCUGGCAUGA